AAGAGUAUAAUAGUGUUGUUUGGGACACAGGAGCUUUGAAACCUGAUGAAUUGUCAGAGGAAGAGGAUAAUGUAGCAACAAUGACAACCGGAACAACAACAGAGACACCAUUUGUAACAACAGACCUUAGCGAGUCAAUAUCAAGUAACAUAGACGAAAACAUGUUUUCGGUUUCGGUUAGUUCUUUUAUUUUAAAUAAUUUUCCAUUCUAUACAUAUUGUUGUGUUCAUAUAUGUAAAUUGUAUUUGUGA